UCUUGUAGUUGCAACGAUGAUGGUGCUUCUAAGGAAGUGGAACAAAGUUCACUUGCAAAUAUUCAGGGUGAAUACCAAGAUCAAGUUGAUAUCAUACAGGAAAAGAAAGAUAUGCAGUCGUGUGUGGAUAAGUGGGACAGGGAACGAAUCUUUCUACGUAAUGCCAUGCGGUCAUGUAAACCGACACUUAUUUAUAGAACUCCAUAAUAGUUAUGCAAACAUGAUUUGCCUGGAAAGUACUAUUGAGACUGCAGAGAAUACAUAAUAUAAUUUAGAGCUUUAGAGUUAAUUUUAUAGAGGGAAAUAAAAGUAUUCGAGGAGAACGAAAGGAGUAGAAAGGUCAAUUACUACCAAUCUAGAUGACAUCUGUUUAGAUUGAUGACAUGUUUCAAGGCUGUGAUAGUAAUACAUGUUAUAUCGGAAGUAAUUUCUUAGAAUGACAAUAGAUUACGUCUAGGUUUGACUGAUAGUUACCAUUUAAGGCUGUGGUUCAACAAAAUACCAUCAUGGGGGAGGACCAGGUGUCACAAAAGUUUAUAAAACCUGGCAGUCAUAAAGGCAAAGGUAUCGCAGUAUUCACCAGUGGUGGUGAUUCUCAAGGUAUGAAUGCCGCAGUGCGUGCAGUAGUACGUAUGGGAAUUUACUUGGGAUGUAAGGUGUUUUUUAUUAAGGAAGGAUAUCAGGGUAUGGUAGAUGGUGGUGAAUACAUUGUGGAGGCAACGUGGUCUUCCGUUUCUUGUAUUAUUCACAAAGGUGGCACGGUAAUAGGUUCCGCUAGAUGUGCAGAAUUCAGAGAGCGAGCAGGUCGUCGAAAAGCUGCCAAGAAUUUAGUAGCUCAUGGAAUUACUAAUUUAGUUGUAAUCGGUGGAGAUGGUUCCCUCACAGGUGCUAAUCUCUUUAAGGAAGAGUGGCCCGAACUCCUCAAAGAGCUUCAGCAGUCUGGAGAAAUCACCGCUGAUCAAGUUGAAAAAUAUAAGCACCUUCACAUUGUUGGUAUGGUGGGUUCCAUCGAUAAUGACUUUUGUGGAACAGAUAUGACUAUCGGUACAGAUUCUGCCUUGCAUCGUAUAAUCGAAAGCAUUGACGCAAUUGUCAGUACCGCUUAUUCUCAUCAGCGAACAUUUAUUAUGGAAGUCAUGGGUCGGCAGUGCGGGUACCUCGCCAUCGUUGGUGCUCUAGCCGCUGAAGCGGACUACGUAUUCUUCCCAGAAUGUCCACCCCCCGUCGACUGGCCCGAAAAACUAUGUAGAAAAUUGGAGCAGGAACGUCUCACUGGUCAGCGUCUGAAUAUCAUCAUUGUGGCCGAAGGUGCUGUCGAUAGGAACGGUGACCCAAUCACAGCUGAAAAAAUUCAUAAAGUCGUUGUAGACAAGUUAAACCAAGAUACGAGAAUUACUGUGCUUGGCCAUGUACAAAGAGGCGGUAAUCCGUCGGCUUUUGACAGAGUUUUGGGAUGCAGAAUGGGUGCCGAAGCUGUGAUGGCUCUUAUGGAAGCAACGCCGGCUACAGAAGCAUGUGUAGUCACUUUGGAUGGAAACCAAGCCGUACGUUUACCUUUAAUGGAAUGCGUACGUCGUACAAAAGCAGUUGCUCAAGCAAUGGCCAACAAAAAUUGGGAUCUUGCCGUACAGCUUCGUGGGAAGGGAUUUGUUCGGAAUCUGGAGACGUACAAAAUGUUGACUCGAUUGAAGGCGCCCGUCGAUCAUGAACCUGGCAAGGAGAAUAAAGGGCCGACAUUAUCGAAGGAUCUCUACACCUUGGCUGUGAUGCAUAUCGGUGCCCCUUCCUGUGGCAUGAAUGCCGCUGUUCGUUCCUUUGUCAGGAAUUGUAUUUACCGCGGAGAUAAAGUCUACGGGAUUUGCGAUGGUGUCUUAGGUCUAAUAGCAGGAAAAUUGAAGCUCAUGGAUUGGUCUUCGGUAACCGGUUGGGUCGCACAAGGUGGUGCUUAUUUAGGUACAAAACGUUCACCGCCACAGGAAGAACAGUUGCCACUAAUUGCACAGAGAUUGAAGGAGUUUGGAAUUCAAGCCCUGUUGAUUAUUGGAGGCUUUGAGGGUUAUCAAACUGGUCUUACGUUCUCCAAAGCUCGAGAAAAGUACGAAGAAUUCAGAAUUCCAAUUGCCAUGAUUCCUGCAACUAUUAGCAACAAUGUUCCUGGAACUGAAUUCUCUUUAGGUUGCGACACUGCCCUUAACACGAUUACAGAGAUCUGCGAUCGCAUUCGUCAGUCUGCACAAGGAACGAAACGUCGAGUGUUCAUCAUUGAAACAAUGGGCGGCUAUUGUGGUUAUUUAGCUACAGUAGCCGGUUUAGCUGGUGGCGCCGAUGCUGCUUAUAUUUUCGAAGAGAAAUUCAAUAUUAAAGAUUUGAACCAAGACGUCAUUGCCAUGGCUGCAAAAAUGUCGGAAGGCGUACAGCGAGGUUUAAUUCUGAGAAAUGAAAACGCAAACCAGAAUUACAACACCGACUUUAUGCAGAGACUCUUCAGCGAAGAAGGGAAAGGACUUUUCAGUUGUAGAAUGAACAUUAUUGGUCAUAUGCAGCAAGGCAGUUCGCCAACACCAUUCGAUCGUAAUUUGGGUACUAAAAUGGGAUCUAAAGCAGUAGAAUGGUUUAGCGAAAAACUUAAGAAACAUACCAAUCCAGAUGGUAAGACUGUGACCUCAGAACCAGACACCGCUGUGAUGUUAGGAAUAGUUAGACGACAAUACAGAUACACUCCAUUUACGGAGCUUCUGGACGUUACCAAUUUUGAGCAUCGAAUUCCAACGUAUCAGUGGUGGAUGAAGUUGCGUCCUCUAUUGAAGGUGUUAGCUAAACAUGAAUCUACGUAUGAAGAAGAAGGUCUCUAUAUUACGGUAGAAGAAAUGGAUCAAGAAGAUCCGCCCUUGAUAUAAAUCGAUUAGCACAUUAUCCAUAAGGUGAAAAAGAGCUGUAGGUGCGUAUCGACAGAUGUAUAUCCGUACUGUGCCAGAAACAUUAGGCUCAUAAGUAGUGCAGUAUUUUUUAAAGGCAUUGUGGUAAUUAUUAUCUAUUUUUUUUUUUUUUUUAUUGCAUGGCGACAAACAAGACAAAUGUUAGAUGAGAAUUAUUUAAAGAAAAGCUGUACUUAUUACGGUUCACCUGCCUUUGCUUGUCAAACUGCUAAGCAUAUUAUAUUAUAAUCUUGUGUAUAAUCGUCUUUUAUUCGAUGAGCGAGUUAUAUAUAAUUAAAACAAACAAAUUUAAUAUAUUACAAUGAUCGAAUUUAUUACAAGUUAUUCACGAAUAUUGCUAGAGAUGGUAAAACUUGAUUUUUAUUUGAACAAUUAAGUUUCUAUUUUGAACAAGUUUAAAUCUCAGGUAAGAAAUAGGUACAAAGGCAGUACCUGAAAAAUGAAAGGUAAGCUAUUGUUUGAGAAUAUAACAAAUAGAGAAUAUUCUAAACCACUGGCUAUGAAAUUGACAAAAAGGAGAUACUAGACGUAGUUACUGUAAGGUCAAAUAUUUAAAAAUCAGCCAUUGUCGAUACAAGUGACUUAUGUGAUUGGAUGAUUUAAAUCAAGUCCAUUGUGACGUAACACCUGUCACACUGCAACACCAUAAUGUUUUUUUAUUCAUGUAAUUCGGAGAAGUGACCAUGUUAAGAAAUGAUUAUGAUAACUUUGUGGUCUACUAAGAUGUAGGAUUAAAUAUAAGAAAAGAGUUUUGUGGCAUUUUACGUUGGUGAAAAUUUUGUCUUUCUGUUUAACGUUAUACAAAGCUAUAAAUGGCUGUAUGAAAAAUAUACUCGUCUACCUCAAAAGAUAAUUUGCAAUCGAUAACGACUCUUAGGAAAAUUACGACCUAAGUCGUGUUGGUUGCAAUUAACGUUUAAACAUUUGCUAAAUUUUAAGGCUUGUGACCACAAAUGUAUUUAGAUAUAAUUCCUCUCUAUUAUGAUACUCGUAUACCCACUAUUUAAUGAAUUACGAAAGCGUUGAUGACACAAUUGAUCUUGAUAGUUGACACAUAGUGUCAAAUUGACAUAAACGUUACGUCUUAUAAAUCUUUCGAAGUACGUUACAGUGCGAAGUCAUUUUUUGUAGUAAAUUGUGUGUAUCGCUUCAAAUUAGGUACGGUAUACAAUAUUUAAUUAGUAUUAUGUGUAAUACGUGGUUAACUUAAAAUUCUUCAUUGAGGGAAUUCGUUCUAUAAGGUCACAAUGAAAAAUCGUAAUUGUGCAAAUUAAAAUUGAAGUCAUGCAUAUAAGCGUGAUAACACGAAACGUGACGUGUAUUUGAUACGUUGAUUACAUUUACUGACAUUUUUUUACUGACACGUAUAAUGAAUAUCACUAUCUUGGCUGAUUGCGAAAAGCCAAUUGAAUUUUUGUUACUACUUAUCGAUUAAUAUAACGUCAGAUUUUCUUUCGUAAUCGAAUAUCAAAGUACAAGAAACAAUGAUAGAGCUAUUGCGAUGCGAGAUAUGAAGUACUACGUAGAGAAAUACGCUUCGUGAGGUCCAUCGUCCGUUGGAUGCAUUACCAAAUUUAAAAAGCUAAAGCUAUUUUAAAGCCAAUAGUUAUUGUUGAGCUCAACACAGACGUAUUUUAGUGAUAUCGAUGUCAUUUGUGCGUGUUAACUAUUGACAUAGGUAUUUGAUUUUACAUGAACACUACAGAAGCAUAAGCAGAUGAAAUUUUAAAUCUAACGAUCGCGCUCUCAAUGUUGCUACCUGCGAAAUAUUUUUGUCGGAACAAAUUUCUAUCGUUAUUACGUAAUAACUAUACAGCCUGACUAACGAGUAAGAAUUGAUAUAUCCGUUAGAUACGUACAUAAAUAUAAAAAUAUUUAUUUUCAAAUGAUACGGACGAAAGGGAGCGAUCCUAUUAAAUAAGGUCAAGCUACUGUCAUAUUUUUAAUCGUUAACUAUAUGAAAAUUUCGGUGAUUGAAGGUACGCGGACAAAUGUACAGUGCCAUAUCACUAAUUGAAUCCUUCCUAUUGUAAUAAUGUAAGCGGGUGUUAGUUGAUGCAUAUGCAUCGAAACAUGACAACUUGUAUAACUAAUUGAAUUCCCAGUUGACGACUAUCAUUGAGACAGUGGGCUUCUGGUGAAGCCAACUUUAACUCUUAAGUUUAAAGAGAGAUAUUUUUCGCUCAUUGUUGAUCAAUGAACAUACAGUCCACAGAUGCAUCAUAGUAUUACUUUAGCCGUACAUUUUUCUCGGAACUAAAUUGUUGUACCUUGCAAGUAAGGCUAAAUCAAAUGAACUUAUUAUCCGUCACAUACGGAGAGCUCAUUUGUUAUAAGGAUUAAUCACGAUAAGGUACACAGUGAUUCGCUAUAAAUGUUGUAUGUGAGACAUCAAAUAAAUUAUAUCUUAUGUA